AUGGGAAUUGCUUCUACAUUAAUCAUUGUUCGAAUAGCUCUUGGUAUUGCCAUAGAAGAUGAAAAAUCAUUCAGGGCAACUGUCUUAGGUGAAAUUAGUGAGCGGAAUGUUGGUAGUAUACACUUCCACCCAGGCAUGUCUGGUGUAGCUCAGAAUACAGGAGAGGAAGAUGAUGUGGUUCCUGUAGAUAUAGAAUUGCAGUGUCCUGGGAAAGAGACAUAA